AAGAGUUUUCUGUCGACGGAAGUGACGGAAAAGCGGCGAUGGCGGCUCACAGUUCGGUUCCGGAUUCGCUGUGAACUAGAAGCGGUUUUGAUGGCUACUGUUUGAUUUUUAUGGUGUCUUGUCGUAUUUAUGCAUUGUUUUAAAGACGGGAAGGGUAACUACAGUUUAAAUACAGGUGUUCAGAAGUUUGGCCGGGUGUUUUUCUUACGUAAUACGGAAAGCGAAACCUCUUGUUAGCUCGCCAGACAGCCUGCUUGCUAGCUAGCUAGCUAGUUGCUAGCGAGCUGCUUUGCUUCGGUAACCAGUAGUCGUGAGCUUGUUUGCUAUCAAGCUAUACUAUUUUUCGCCCAGUUCAUUUGAACUAUAUUUUAUUUAUUUAACUGCAUUAUUCGUUGCUUUUUAGCUAUAGCUGUGAGACGCUCAAGCGUUUGUCCCGUCUCAGUUACUGAUCUAGACGGGGUCGAUACAGUUAGCAACUAACAUUAGCAACGUUUCAAGGUUUUGGAAAGGCUCUGGAGGUGGGUUUGCGGUACAGGUUCAGCAGUUCCACUCUGGUUUGACGAUAACAAUCUAUUGAGUGGGCUGUAGCUUGUUGCCUCCUCUUCCCCUGAUUCCUGCGUGGGUAGCUGCGGGUUGUCGACAUGCUGAAGACCCGGCAGUGUCUACUUGGGAUCCGCACUUUCCUCGGAGUGACAUCCAGAAUAUGGGGCUUCAUUUUGUACAUACUCAGGAAGCAUCUUCGCACGAUAAUCCAGUACCAGACAGUGCGUUAUGAUAUUUUACCCCUCUCUCCAGUAUCCAGAAACAGACUAAAUGGUGUAAAGAGAAAGAUACUGGUUCUGGAUCUGGAUGAGACGCUGAUCCACUCCCAUCAUGAUGGGGUACUGCGCCCCACAGUGCGGCCUGGCACUCCGCCCGACUUCAUCCUCAAGGUGGUAAUAGACAAACAUCCAGUCAGGUUUUUUGUACAUAAAAGACCGCACGUCGACUUCUUCUUAGAAGUGGUCAGUCAGUGGUAUGAGCUUGUAGUGUUCACUGCCAGUAUGGAGAUCUAUGGAUCUGCUGUGGCUGACAAGCUGGACAACAACAGAGGAAUCCUGAAACGCAGAUACUACAGACAGCAUUGUACACUGGACCUGGGUAGUUAUAUUAAAGACCUUUCUGUGGUGCACAAUGACCUCUCCAGUAUAGUCAUUCUGGACAACUCGCCUGGAGCGUACCGCAGUCAUCCAGAUAACGCAAUACCAAUAAAGUCGUGGUUCAGUGACCCUAGCGACACAUCACUUCUUAACUUGCUGCCCAUGUUGGAUGCACUAAGGUUCACUGCUGACGUCAGGUCCGUCCUCAGUCGAAACCUCCACCAGCAUCGGCUCUGGUGAUUCGCUGCUGGGUCUUUUUCAGCUCUGGUCUCUUCUUUUUAAAAACCCUUCCCAACCAGCUGCUACCCCACCCACACAUACCGUUGAGUGUUGACCCUUUCUCUCCAUGAUCCCUUCAGCAAAGUCAAGUGAAGAGAUGGAGAGGGGGGUGGGGAGAAGAGGAUGACCAGAGGAGAAAUGAGGGGGACUGGGGAAACUGGAAACAAGUGGAGAAGCCAGCUUUCUUCAAAAUCGAGUCUCUGCCUUACAAUUCCUGAAGUUGAGUGUGCAUGUGUGGAGUAUGUAUGUGUACAUGUGUGGAAGUAUGCUAGUAUGCUUGCAUUCAAGUCUUUUUAGCUCUGACGAAACCGAACAGAAGACAGGACAAAGAGACUAUGAAGCCAGCCUCUCCCUCUUUUUCCUCUCUCCAGGAGCCAUGACCCCCUUCUGACCUUUUUCCGUCCCACAAAUCACUUGAUACACAGGCCUGUUAGACUCCUUUGCUCAAUAUCUUGCUGCUCGGCUAAGUUUUCAUGUUGAUGGACUUCAUAUCAGGGAAUGUAGCAAAGAGCAACUGGACAUGGAAAGCUGGAUCAAAAACUUUUGUUGGAAGGGGAAUGAAGUACAGGCAAUUUCCUAUUCCAAGCAGGGUGAUUGGGGCUGGCAAUGGGGGGCUUUGGUGAGGAAAGUGAGGUGUGGGGUUUGAUUGCUGGUACGUAAUUUAAAAUUGUAGGAUGAAUUCAAUGCCAUCUCAAUGAUUGAUAUGUAAAAGAUAAGUAUGAUAUUAGUCCUAUAAUCCUUUCAUUGUAAAUUCUUGGAGUGUUCCUCAGAAUCAAGAGAAAGAUACUGAAGAUGGAAAAACAAAACUUGAGCUCACAACAAAAUUAAAACUGUAGAGAACGCACACCUCGCUUCCUGCCACUGGGAUUUAACACUGAUGUACAUUUCCAACCACGGGACUCCUUACCUGGAGGGUUUUUAUUUUACAGUUUAAUUAUAAAUCUGUUUCUACAACUUGUAUUUUAUUUAUGUUAAACUCGUUUAUGUUCAUUUUUGCUUGAAGCCAAUUUGGCAUUUUUUUGUUUUUGGAUCCCCCCCAACCCGUCCCAUCUCGUAAUUGCCAGUAGAACAGUUUGAGUAGCUCCAGGCAGCUUCUAUUUUGGCUCAGUCCCCAGGUCUGUGCGUGUUACUAAUAAAACACUUGUCAGUAUCAAGAA